CCACAGUCAUGGCACCCCGCGGGCGACCCGACCGCACCAGCGACGCCAUGCGCGCCUACUCGUCCUCGCCAGACCCCCUCGCCAUGUCCGCCCACGACGACACCCUCGCGUCCGCCCGCAAGCCCCACCACACGCCGCGCCGACCUUCCUCGCCGAGCAAGCAGACGCGCGUGCACGAGUUUGAGAUGUCGUCCCCCGCCAAGUCCAUGGUCAUGAACACCCCGCGCAUGGGCGGCGCCAGCCCGUGGCGCAUCAAGGUCACCGUGCAGGCCGAGCCCGAGAGCGACCCGGAUGCGUCGCCCAUGGCCAGCAAGGUCACGCGCACCAGGACCACCACCGUGCCGCUGAAGGACCACGACGCGCCCUCGCCCAUGAAGCGGGGGCGGGGGCGGCCGCGCAAGAGCGACGCCGCCGGCAGCACCCCAGCCAAGACCAAGCCCAAGGGCACGCCAGUGCGACGCAAGUCAAAGUCUCGGGAGCGAAGUGCCGCCGACAUGGACACACCGCAGAGGAAACGCGGCCGUCCACGGAAAGUCGUCCAGCCCGAAGAGGAUGCGACUCUGGUGGUGGAUGCAGAGAGUGUAGAGGCCGACGCCACACCUGGACAGCCGCGAACCGUCGCCUCCAACCUCGACACGCCGCAAGAGACCGAGACUUCGAAGCGCCUGCACGCACGCAAGGGCACGCCUCAUGCAACGAACCCGCUUGCGAUCGAGAUCUCGUCCGACGACGAUGACGAUAGUGACCAGCUCACCCCGGGUUCGGGAGACGACGACAACGGCGAUGGUGCAGAGCCAUUAAUACAUAAAGAUGACAACAUCGGCGGCAACAUCGACGACAUCGACGACAUCGACGACGCGGAGCCAUUCGCACACGACGACGACGACAACUUUGCCUUCGACGAGGGCACAACGCGCAUGCCCGACGACUCGACCAUCAUCGACAGCGAGGGCUUCAGCAUUAUUUCUGUCGACUCGCUGCCCUCGCAUUCCAGCCCUCCAAAAGACGACCAGAGCGCCCAAGUCCCCAGCAUCGCAUCGGUCCUGGACCGCCCACUGUCCAAGUCCUCUCCAGGGCCUUCGCGUCUGGCGCCUGCCUCCAAGCCAGUCCAGUCUUCACCAGCCAUUGCCCAACCGCGCUACAUAACCCCCGCCCUCGACAAAGACGCUCCGUCCGCGCCGCCCAGCAUCGAGCCUGUCCGUGCUGCUCCUGCGAAGAUCGAGACGCCCAAGAUGGGCCGAGCCCUGACCGCAGGCGUUGCCCUGCAGGGAGUGCUGGAUCCUGUCCGCUUCACACCUGAAGCUUCUCAGGAAGCUGACCGACGCGCGUCUCUGGACGAUCUAUUCCGAGGGUUCAGUGAGAACUCGCGAAAGCAGCUCCAGGACGGCCUCCGUCUCGGCGAGCAGCUUGCUAAGAACCAGGAACUGAACGGUCCCUCGCCGUCCGUCCCAAGACCGACCACAGAGACCGCACGGGACCGGCCCAUCAGGACACAGCGAAAGUGGAGGACACGCCUUCUCACGCCGGAAGACGAGCAGACCGAUGCGCCCGCAGAAGAGGUUCAGGAUCCUGCGCCCGUCGUAGAGCAACCGAACCCACUGCCGAGCCCGACGAGGAGCGACGAGGAAGGCGAAACGAGCUUCCAGGUCGACAGCAUCGUAGCGAGUGUUAUGGAGGAUGAAGAGCCGCCUACAUCGAGCAGACAAAAGGCCGCGUCCCCGAUCCAGACCCUGACACCGACACUGAACGAGGCCGAGGACUACUCAGACUUAUGGCAAGAAGAAGGCAGCCGCGCCUCCGACUCACUCGAGAAGCCGUCACAAGAGCCCGAUCUCUUUCUUGAGACCGCCGCCAGCAGGCCUGGCCGGAGGUUCCAGCGUCGGACUGCACGACAGACUAAGCGCGAUGAUGGGGUGCUUACUCCCCCAACCUCUUCACAACCCGAGUCCAGCGACAAGGGCAAAGAGAGGGCUGUCGAAGCCACCCCGGAGCAAGACGACAGCAUCACAAGCGAAGCCAGCGACGACACCGGCAUGUUCUUCCAAUCGAUGCCAGCAGCGUACGAGAAGAAGCGCCGCGACCGACGACAGCCAAAGACCGACAAGCUCGACAUCGCACUUCUCCUCAACGAAGGAGACAGCCUGCAGCCAGAGCCGUCGCCUGAGAAGACAGCGCCCAACCCCUUCCUGGACACGCCGCCUCGCUUUGCUGCAUUCCCUACGUCGCCGAAAAAGAGCAGUCCUCUGCGCCGCGAGCUGCACAACUCCGACAUCACCACCCCCAGCCGCCACGAUGAGUCGACACUGCCGUAUGCGCAGAGCUCGCCCCAGCAGAGCUCGCCAUUCCACACGCGCGUCGAGGGCGAGAGCAUCAUGUCCACGGCCUCUGACCAGCGCCAGCUGCUGGCCGAGAUGGAGGGUGCAGACGUGACCAGCAACAGCGUGCGCGAUCUGCGCGCAGAGGCCGACGAGUACCUCGACGCUUAUUCUAAUCAGGAGCGGUCACUGAAUGAGAUCGAGGAGGUGACGGAGUACAGCCGGACCCAGCAGGCCGACUCGAGCAUCAUGCCCUCGAGCCCGCCUCUGGCGCGACAGUUGGCCCCCCAUCCGACCUCCUCAUACACCCCCAGCUCCGCCGCCAAACCGCCCCACUCCGACCACUCCGAAGCCACCCCGACCCCAGCCGCCCGAGACGUCCUGUCCUCGGACGCAGCCACCCAAGACACCCUGUCUUCAGACGCAGCCACCCCCUCCUCCUCCUCCUCCUUCAUCAGCACCAGCUCCGCCGGCCGCUCCGACAGCCUGCGCGCCGCCGCACAACUGCAACGCGAGUCCUCCACCCAAACCUCUCUCUCGACCUCUCUCUUCACCCCCCCGGCCCAACUCCCGCGCCAUCCCUCCCUCAAAAACCUCCCGCCCCUCCCCCGCCUCGAGCCCUGGACAAAAACCCACUACAAAGCCCUCGACGCCCUACACACCUUCCACACGCGCCACCCGGCCCUGUUCGCCCCGCACGCGCACCCGCCCACCCCGCUGUCGCGCGCCAACGACACAUUACUCGCUUCUUUCGCGGCCGCCACGCGGAGGAAUUAUGUCGGCGCGAGGGCGCAGGCGUGGGGGUAUAGCGUUGUACUUACCACGGAGUUGUUGGUCAUAUGCGAGGUGUUCGCGGGGUUGUUGUGUCUGGACUCGAUUGCCAUGUUUGAGGAGCGCACGGGGCGGCGGGUCGAGAGAGGGGAUGUGGGGCCUGGUCCUGAGGGGGGGGAGAUCGGGAGGGAGGAGGUGGUGAGACGGUUGUGUACGGUUGUGCUCGGGGGGUUGGUGAGGGGGGAUGAGAAGAGGGGGUUGGGGGUGCGGAAGGAGGGGGUUUUGACGAUUGUGGGGGUUGGGGGGGAGGUGUUGUCGUAG